AUGGACGUUGCACAAGCGGUAGGCACUUACGUGUCCCGCAUCAUCUCAUCUGGCGAAGGCUCUCACGCUAGCCAAUCUGCCAAAAUGAAAGUCCUUCUAUUAGACAGGGAAACGGUGCCCAUUGUGUCAACAGCUGUUACUCAAUCGACGUUACUGAAUCACGAGGUCUAUCUCAUCGAUCGUCUGGACAACACCAGCAGGGAGAAAAUGCGUCACCUGAGGUGCCUCUGCCUCGUCAGACCGUCACCCGAAUCUAUCCAGCUCCUGAUCGAUGAAUUACGCGAACCGAAAUAUGGAGAGUAUCUCCUCUACUUCACGAAUGUCGUCAAAAAAUCGUCUCUCGAACGACUGGCCGAGGCCGAUGAUCAUGAAGUGGUACGGCUUGUCCAGGAGCACUUCGCCGACUUUAUCGUCAUCAACCCUGACCUGUUCUCUCUUGGCAUUGCUCUUCCACAACAGCGAACCUGGUCAGCCGCUGCAGAUGCCUGGAACCCCGAGGCUCUCCAGAAGAGCGCCGCGGGUCUUAUCGCCGUCUUGCUGGCACUUAAAAAGAAACCGUUGAUUCGAUACGCGAAAAACAGCCUCGCGGCGAGGAAGCUGGCAACUGAAGUGAGAUACCACAUGACACAGGAAGAGCAAUUGUUUGACUUCCGCAAAGUCGAUACACCACCUGUGUUACUUGUGCUUGAUCGACGGGAGGACCCGAUAACUCCCCUGCUGACCCAAUGGACAUAUCAAGCAAUGGUUCACCAUCUGCUCGGCAUCAACAAUGGCCGUGUCGAUCUGAAUGACGUGCCUGACAUCCGGCCAGAAUUGAAGGAGAUCGUUCUGUCACAGGACCAAGAUCCCUUCUUUAAGAAGAAUAUGUACAUGAACUUCGGCGACCUUGGUGGGAACAUCAAGGAUUACGUUGGACAGUACCAGUCCAAGACACAGAACAACGCCAACAUCGAGUCUAUAUCCGAUAUGAAGCGGUUCAUCGAGGAAUAUCCGGAAUUCCGCAAGCUCUCUGGAAACGUGAGCAAACACGUCACACUCGUCUCUGAGCUGAGCCGUCGCGUCGGCGCAGAGAAUCUGCUUGAAGUCAGCGAAUUGGAACAGAGCCUGGCGUGCAGUGAUAAUCAUGCAACCGACCUCAAGACCGUUCAGAAUCUGAUCCAAUCGCCCAAUGUGAAUGCCCAGAACAAGGUUUCACUGGUCGCUCUCUACGCUCUGAGAUACGACAAGAACCCAUCGAAUGCACUUCCAAUGUUGAUCGACCUUCUGGUUGCUGCAGGCGAUGUGUCCCCACGUCAUGCCGACAGGGUGAGGAAAGUAUUAGCAUACCACUCGUCACUUCAGCAGUCGCACGCCCAGACUGGUAUCACAGAUCUUUUCGAGUCAGCAGGCAUCUUCUCAGGUGCAAGGGAUAGACUCAAGGGGCUGAAAGGCGUUGAAAACGUCUACACCCAGCACACGCCCCUCCUGGAAAAUACUUUACAAAAUUUGAUCAAGGGUAAACUGAAAGACCAGCAAUAUCCAUUCGUAGAGGGCGGGGGUACAACACGGGACAAACCCCAAGACAUCAUCGUGUUCAUGAUUGGAGGUGCAACGUACGAAGAGGCCAAGAUGAUCGCUACAAUUAAUGCAUCAUCUCCUGGCGUCAGGGUCGUCUUGGGAGGCACCACGAUCCACAAUACUGCCACUUUCUUGGAGGAAGUUGAAGAUGCUGUCUCACUGUGGCCGGCAGCGACGAAGAAUGGCCCUCUACGUUAA